AUGCGGAUGUCUGCAUCGCAGCCACGCUUGCAAAUCAAGAGCGCCAACGUCGACGACGUGCCCACGUUCUCGGUCAACGGAGCUGAUCUGUCGGAGCAGCUCGCCUUCCGACGGCCGGAAAGAUGCAUCGGAGCACGACCCAAGACCAUCUACCGACCACCACCUCCGCCAUCAUUCACUGCGAUUGGCGAGUCAAACGAACUUGAAAUGGCCUCCGAAGCGCGCUCGUCGUCGACUGGCUCAGAUUUGCUUCCUGUUGCAGCGUUGCGUGACGAACAAGAACUGCUCGGAGAGCCAGCAGAGGAACAAAGGCCCAGGCCACUGGGGUCGAAGCCAGCGCGCCAAGGCAUUCUGAAGCGGAAGCAUCUUCGAAAUGGCAUCUGGUCUACCAGCAGCAAAAGCAUGGCAGGGCUUCGCGUCUCAUUUGCCGUCCAGGAACCACUUCCGGGUACGCAUGCAGACGCAGCUAGCUCGCCAAAACAUCCCUCAUCGACCUCUGAUGUACCGGAGACGGACACGCUGACGGUCAAGCAGGAAAGAGAAGCGGACGAUCCAACCGGAAAGACAAUACGAGACGGCGUGCGAAGCAGAUUUAGUGUGUCUCCUGGGACCGUCAAGGCUGAACAUGUCCAGUGUUGCCAAAAACGCGAACCAGCGACAGACACCGAAUCAACGCUCUUCUUUCCGUCGGCCGAAGCCAAUCAUCAGCCCAGCUCAUGUAGUUCCACAAUACUAAACGAAUUCGACACCGUCGACAACUUUGCUGCUCUGGAAGGUCAAUUGACGUCUCAAGAGACCUUUACAUACGUAGUGGAAUGCGCUGCCAAGCUGCUCUCUCUCGUCGACGUUCCUCCACCGCGCCAACUUCGCCGCUACCGCCGUUUCGCCCACCAUCUUCUAGCAGCCGCCUCAAUAUCUCGUAUUUCCACCGAUUCUCUCAACAUUGAGAAGCUAGCAGCCCUGAGAUUGCUGCGCAAUGUCCUCAAACACAUGCUCGAGCUGACUGCCAUCACCAAACUCCCCACUUCCGAGGUACGGGCGGAAGAGUGCAAAUCGGCACAGGCGAGAUGCGAGCGUCGUCUUCAGUCCAUUCUUAAUGUUGCUAGCGACAUGCUCUCUGUUCCUCGUGUCCGACUGCCAACGGAAAGGCAGUCAAUACCGGAAGUCAAGAUGGAAGAAGACGCUUGA